AUUUUUGCAAAACGAAAUGGGGUUGAACUCCAACACCAGAGUCGAUCAUUUUGAUUGCCAUGAAACCACUAUCAAAAUCCAAAACCACAUGCCCCUGCAAAUUCACUCUGUUCGCUUGCCUCCCCACCAAACCACACUUCAAAAACUAAAGCAUAGGAUCUCUGAGAUAUUCUUCCCAGAUGAUCCUUUGUUCAGAUUCAAGAAUCAAACUUGGCUCAGAAAAUUGCUUCUGGGUAUUCAAUUUCUCUUCCCCAUCUUUCAAUGGGCGCCUAAGUAUAAUCUCAGAUUUCUCCGUUCUGAUAUCGUCUCUGGCCUCACCAUUGCCAGUUUAGCCAUUCCUCAGGGAAUCAGUUAUGCGAAGCUUGCGAAUUUGCCACCCAUAAUUGGACUAUAUUCCAGCUUCGUUCCUCCAUUAAUAUAUUCUUUGCUUGGGAGCUCAAGACAUGUGGGUGUUGGCCCUGUUUCAAUUGCUUCUUUGGUUAUGGGAUCAAUGUUAAGCGAAUCAGUUUCUUUUGUUCAUUUUCCAACUCUCUAUCUCAAAUUAGCCCUUACUUCCACUUUCUUUGCUGGUGUAUUCCAAGCUUCUCUGGGUAUAUUAAGAUUAGGAUUUAUAAUUGAUUUCCUCUCAAAACCGACGCUGGUUGGUUUCAUGGCGGGUGCAGCCAUCAUUGUGUCACUUCAACAGCUUAAAGGGAUGCUUGGAAUUGUGAAUUUCACAAACAAGAUGCAAAUAGUUCCUGUUUUGACCUCUGUAUUUAAACAAAGAAGCGAGUGGUCAUGGCAAACCGUUACCCUGGGAGUCGGCUUCCUGGCCUUUCUGUUGAUAACGAGACACAUUAGCUUGAAGAAACCAAAACUAUUCUGGGUUUCAGCAGCUGCCCCCUUGACAUCAGUUAUUCUAUCAACACUUCUGGUGUACUGUCUCAGAAAUAAAGCUCAUGAAAUUGCAAUUAUUGGCCACUUGCCAGAGGGCGUUAAUCCACCAUCAUCAAACAUGUUAUACUUCAAUGGUCAAUAUUUAGCACUCACUAUCAAAACUGGGAUUGUUACCGGAAUAUUGUCUCUCACUGAAGGAAUAGCAGUGGGAAGGACAUUUGCUACACUUUUCAACUACCAAGUGGAUGGAAACAAAGAAAUGAUGGCCAUUGGAAUCAUGAACAUAGUCGGUUGUUGUACUUCAUGUUAUGUCACAACAGGAUCUUUCUCACGAUCGGCUGUUAAUGUCAAUGCUGGAGCAAAGACAACAGUUUCAAACAUAAUCAUGGCUUCAGCUGUUCUAGUGACUCUUCUAUUUCUCAUGCCACUGUUUCGUUACACACCAAACGUUGUCUUAGCAGCCAUUAUAAUCUCCGCUGUAAUUGGACUAAUAGAUUUCCAAGCUGCAUAUAAAUUGUGGAAGGUUGACAAGAUUGACUUCUUAGCUUGUUUAUGUUCCUUCUUUGGUGUGGUGUUCAUCUCAGUACCUCUCGGCCUUGGCAUAGCAGUGGGAAUAUCUAUCUUCAAGAUCCUACUCCAUGUAACUCGACCAAACACUUUGGUUUUGGGAAAUAUUCCAGGAACACAGAUAUAUCAUAACCUAAACCAAUACAAAGAAGCUUCAAGGAUUCCUUCAUUUCUCAUUCUUGCUGUUGAAUCACCCAUUUACUUUGCUAAUUCAACUUAUCUGCAAGAAAGAACACUGAGAUGGGUACGAGAAGAGGAAGAGCGUGUGAAAGCAAACAAAGAAAGUACAUUGACCUGCUUAAUUUUAGACAUGACAGCUGUUACAGCCAUAGACACAAGUGGGCUCGACGCACUUUGUGAACUUAGAAGGAUACUGGAAAAAAGAUCAAUUCAGCUUGUGUUGGUAAAUCCGGUUGGAACUGUGAUGGAGAAGCUACAUCAGUCAAAAGUUUUGGAGUCUUUUGACGAGAAAGGACUGUAUCUCACUGUAGCAGAAGCUGUGGCUGCCAUUUCAAUUCCUUGAGAAGCUCAGCCUCUUGUUCCAUUGAUGGCUUUUAAGGACAUAGAUUGAUAACUAACAACAUCUUUAGUCAGUUGGCUCUGCAGAGAUUUUGGUCUGUGACAGAAUCCCAAAGUUUAUGGGUUUGCGCUUCGUUACAGCAGAGACAGUGAGAGGCCUAGUCUUGAUUCAGGAGUGAUUCUUCUUUGUGGGUCAAAAGAAAAGAGCGUCCAACGGCCAACUGAGAUAUUUGUAGGGCUUCAUUCCCAUGUAAAUUUUGAAAGAAAUGGAUGCAUGGCAGUCUUUGUUUUAAAAGGAAAA